AUAAGAUUAUUCAAAAGCGACUAUGACAUGAACAUAUAAUUUCACAUGUUUGAAUUUAUAGUUUUAAAGAAUUCAGCAAAAUAUACUUUGCAGUACUAUUACAGAAGAAAAAUGAAUCGCUGGGCUUGUUUUAUUUUAAUUUUUUCAGUUAUUACUACUGUAUUUUCGAGUUGUAUUUCAGGCUUCUCCCAUAAAAUAGCAUGUAGUUAUAACGAAGAAUACACAGUAGAUGGAACUGAAGUAACAUGUCCACUGUAUCCAAAUAAUGAAGUAGGAUCACAAAGUUGCUCUUGCUGUUGCAAGGACGGGUUCCAGAGAGAUUUCUACACAGGACAAUGCACUAAAACGUGUCUUUGUUUUGGAGGAAAAAUAUUUAGGGAAAGCAACAGUUGUGUUGACAGCUGUGAAUCAGAAAUAUGUCCAUUUUACGUCGUGCAGGGAUGUUUUUGCCCCUCCUAUUACUGUUGGGAUGGUGCAAAAUGCCAACUUAAAGCUUUUUAGGAAUAAGGAACUAUUGUACCUAAAUCAUUGUUUCAUUAUUUCUGCUUUCUACAUUCUACAUACAUUUUUAAAAGAAAAAUAAAGGAAAUUAAUAAAUAAAGUCA